AAGUGUGAUAUACUGCCUUAAAUCGAGUCAUCGUAUUUGUGUUGUUAUUCAAACAGAUAAUUUGACAAACCUCUACUAGUAUUUGAAAAAAAAAACUGUUUUGUUUGAAUAUUUUGCUGGUCAAUAAAAUGAUAAACGAGAACAGUUGCUCUGAAUUUUCAAGAUAUUGGCUUGUCAUUUCUAUUCCUACCGCUGCUGGAACAUUUACCAGACCACCAUGGAAUUUUCCCAAGGAGUAUAUAUAGGAAUAUGCCUUGCCUUCGCAAUCAAAGUAUUGGCGAAAGACAUUCAUUUUGGACAUUCGAUUAAAACGGACACUAUCAAUAAUAUGGAUGUUUAUAUUUUUGAAAUGAUAAUGAUGAAAGAUAUCAAGAAAUGCAUUGAAUCGUGUAAGACUAGGAAAGCAUGCAAAUUCUUCAAUUUUGACCAUCAAGCAAAACUUUGCUAUCUCAUAGGGGGAAAUAAUACAGUAUGGUUUGAGAGGAAACCAGGAUUUAGUUUCGGAAAUAAGACGGACUGGGAUAUGACUGAACAUGAAAAUUGUGGUAACUGCAGUGAUUACAGCGUUUGCAAGAAAGACGGUGAAGGUCAAUACUCUGUAUGCCUUAACUCUGGAUGUGGGCCGCCUGGAGAGAAGAAUAAUACGAUUUUCCUGGGGAACAUGUUCUCCAUCGGGGAUAAAAUCAAGUAUGAAUGCAAGAAUAGAUACAGAGCAAACAGCGACGUAUCAUUGACAUCAACGUGCCUUACAAAUGGGACGUGGAGUCCAGUUGACUUUGAAUGCGUGCUUGCAGAUUACGUAUAUAAGUUGAACAACACGUUUUACCAGCAUUUCCCCUAUGCGCAAAAUUGGGAUGCUGCUCAAGAAACAUGUUCAAGUAUUGGUGGAUAUCUGAUUGACAUUACGUCUCCAGAAGAACAGAAUUUCAUAGAAGAAAAUUUAAGAAAUGAUUACACUACUGGUUUUCAUUGUUACUGGACAGGUGGAAAACUAAUGGAUGGGGUAUUUCAAUGGCUAGAUGGUACAUCAGUUAAUAGCUACACCAACUGGAAUCCUGGAGACCCUUGCUAUUGCUCUGCCGAACAGUGCCUAGGCAUCGAUAUUUCAUUUAACUACAAAUGGAAUGACAAACCAUGUACAUGGUCUUGUAACCCACUAUGUGAAAUAAAUUAAACAUGCACGGAUCAGGUCGAAUCCUGCUUCUGCUUCACCGGAGAUCUAAUACCCCGUAGAUGUUAUUCACCGGAGAUUCGUUAGACUGGACAAGAAUGUCAUAUAGAUGUGUGCAAUAAAUUACCAACUUGAAUAAUCAUUUUACUGUUACAAGAUGUUCAAUGUCUGUAUUGAUAGCUUCGUACUUUUUUGACUGAGGCGACAAUUACUGUGUUUCUUUGUAUAGUCAGUUCGUUCGCUUCUUUCUUUUUAUCUCCGGAGGAAAAUGGAAUGAGAAAAAAAGGAAAUUUGAACAAAGUGUAUCUUAAUCAUAAACAGGUAAAUCAUCAUGUUACAUGAAAACUGGGUAUUGUAUUUCAGUUACGUAAGGGUGGUAAGUUAACCUAACCAAUAUUCCUGGAUUUUCUUCCAAUACAAACCUGUUCUUCGCUAGUAACUGCCAACUUCCCAACCGUGAUGAAUCAGAGGUGGAGGACGAAUGGUUUUAGACACAAUGUCCUUUUGUUUGUUUGUUUGUUUUGGGUUUAACACCGUUUUUCAACAGUAUUUCAGUCAUGUAAUGACGGGCAGGCAGUUAACCUAACCAGUGUUGCUAGAUCUAUAUUUGGCAGAAUGCUAUGUUAUUGAACUGUUUAACAUGUGUCAAAAAGUAUGUUUGACUUAUUGAUGUACACGUAUUAACCAUUAUAUCAGUCUGAGGAAAAAACAGCACGAUUUUAGUUCAGUUUUAAUAAUUCAUUUAAACAUAUCCAAUGCGCAUUUUCAACAGGGAAUUGUGUUAUUAAAUAAUCAUGUAAAUGUACAUGUAGAUGAAUUUAACUUAACAGCAAAAUGUGUAAACAUACUAUGUUUGUAGAACUACAUUCACAUUUGAAUGUCAUGUAAAGUUAUUUGCUAAAAUAACUUUCAGUUUUCAGAGGUAGUACACAUUUGUAUUGUGCAUAGCUACAAAUAACAUACAGCUACUGUUUAUACCCAUAUACAUGUUAUGUUUAUGUUUAGUUAGACAAUGUUAAGUAAUAGUUAUUUUCUUCGAAAUAUCAGUUUUUAUCUUUUAUACCUUUAUUGUUGUUUUACUUCCUAAUGAUUAUUAUUUCUUUGAUGCUUACAUGCUGUUUCACUCCUUUAUCAUAAAAAAGAUGCGAUCAAUAAUUAAAAUGUCGUUUGUCUUAAAUUCAGGAGAGCGUGUCAUAUCAAACUAAUAACCAUAUCAAUGUUCACGCAAAUAAUUUUUUUGUUUUAUUUUCUCUUACAAAACUGUAGUCUAUUUAUUUCCAACGUUACGGUAACAUUACUGUUAACUUACAAAAGUGCUGAACAUCAAUUUUAUGUGACAAUAGAUUCGAAUUGAUUUUGAUUCGAAUUGACUUCGCAUUUUCUGGCAAAAUCUUGCAAUAUUUUUGACGUCUAAUCCUGCUAUAUUGUCUACGCUAGGAACGCGUGUCUGGAUCGGUCCGAGUGCUUGCCUUUCCACCCAGACUCGUACUUUCGGACUCGAGUACGUUUAGGUCUCAUUGGCAGUUGUACUUAUAGUCAUAUUUUGACAAAAUUAAUUUUCUAUGGACAAAACUCUCUGGAAAUUGCAGAGAGGUAAUCAAUACCCCUAUAUUCGAACCCAAAUCACACUUUAAGAACAUGAUAGGGGACAUGUUCGCGGUCUAUACUCUACGUGGCAUUUCUAUGUUUCAUUGUGUCUGAAAGGGGGGAUGGACCGUUAUCAAACUUAAACACUGACUUACUGACUUAAUUUUAAGGGCCCAAACGGCCAUAUAUCCCGAAAUUUUGAUGGAAUGAUGAUCUUUAUUAUUUAUUGCCCGUUGAUAAUAUUAAUGUAAAUCGUUUAUCAAAAGGUGAGUGAUUAUUAUUAUAAAUUAAAUAAAUGUUUGUGUGAAAUAACUUUAAAUACUUCAAAAAAUAUAAGAAUGC